GCACUAUGAACGAUGAGGAGCAGUUUGUAAGCAUUGAUUUGAACGAUGACAACAUCUGCAGUGUUUGUAAACUGGGAACAGACAAGGAAACCCUCUCCUUCUGCCACGUUUGUUUUGAACUAAAUAUUGACGGAGUACCAAAAUCUAAUCUCUUGCACACCAGCUCAUUGAGAGGCCAUAAAGACUGCUUUGAAAAAUUCCAUUUGAUUGCAAAUCAGGAUUGUUCGCGAUCUAAGCUUUCAAAAAGUACCUAUGAAGAAGUUAAAACCAUUUUCACUAAAAAGAUAAACUGGAUUGUACAGUAUGCACAAAAUAAAGAUCUGGAUUCAGAUAAUGAGUGUUCUAAAAAUCCCCAGCAUCACCUAUUUAAUUUCAAGCAUAAGUCAGAUAAAAAGUUACUCCCACGGUUUGACUCCCAGGUACCAAAGUAUUCUGCAAAAUGGAUAGCAGGAAGUCCAGGCAGCCUCUCAAGCUGCACACAAAGAAUUCUGGAACAGAGGGAGAACACAGACUUUGGGCUUUCUGUGUUACAAGAUUCAGGUGCCAAUUUAUGCCAUAAAAGUGUACUGUGGCCUCACAGCCAGGCACAGAAAAAAGAAGAGACAAUCUCUCAUCCAGAGACUAGUGUCCAGAUCCAGCACCCACAUUACAGCAGAGAAGAAUUGAACUCCAUGACUCUUGGUGAGGUAAAGCAGCUGACUGCAAAGCUUGGACAGCAAAUACAGGAGGUUUUUGAGGAGUUAACACACCAAGUGCAAGAAAAAGAUUCUUUGGCCUCAGAGCUCCAUGUCCGCCAUGUCGCCAUCGAACAGCUUCUCAAGAACUAUUCCAAGUUACCGUGUCUGCAAGUGGGGAGGGUGUCUGCCCACAAACAGUUGAACUAAUUAAACACACUGCCGUGUCAUGCAUC